AAAGGGCUUGACAUAAAAUCCCAGCUUGUCUUUAAAUAAAAAAAGUACAAGUUGCCCGUGGUUAUAGAGGUUGGGGCGUGGUCGACCUCGACAGAAGAGAUCAAAAAAGUAAUGUAUGACUUUCCUGUGCAUGCUUACACUCAGGAACAAAAAAGUAGCCCUUGCUUUUCUUCCGUCGUUCGCGCGGCCCGAUGUUUGAAGUGUGUGAGUGACUUGUUCCACUUUUUGUGCCGUUGCCGUUCAUAGUGUACCGAUAGCCCUUGAAAAGCUGUCUAGUACAGUGCAAACAAUUUAUGCGAAAGUUUGAACCUAGCUGUGGAAUUCUUCUCCAUCAAUUAUUUGGCUUCCCUGUUGGGAUUAAAACUUUAUGUCACUAUAAAAAUAGCAUUAUUGUGUGUAUUGUUCUUGUUGUUGUUGUUAAUGUCGAACACGGGUUUAACAGCAGGUUUGGUAAUCUUGACCUUUCAUUGUUUUUAGGUGCUGCUGGAUUCCCGCCAGUGGUGGUGUGUUCGAAACUCCGUCGGAUCGAUCGGUUUUAUACCAAACACAUUAGUUGAAGAAUCAGGUACAAACUUUUUUCCCUUGUUCUCACUUGUUUAUCCUAAUAGUUAUUUUAUUAGUUAAUACAGUUAAUUUGACGUCGUGUAAAAUUCUCGCGCGCUCCGCACGAGCCUCAUGCACCCUGCGGACGUGAGAGACGUGAGCGUGCGCCACGAAGCUCUCAGAACGAGUUGUUUUAUUUCCCACGUAAGAAACGAGACAAACCUCGUCCCCAGGGCGUUUCCCUUAAAACAUGGGUGGGGCGGGCCACCCGUUUUUUUAAAGGAAAAGCCCUGGGGACGAGGCUAAAACGAGAAACAAAUUGGCCAAUAGCUGACCAGCACGUCCCCUGUAGCGAUCCCAGAAACAAUUGCGGCGCACAUUUCGGCAUCAGUUCCCGUCUCGUUUCUAAAGAUGCGAAUUGCGUGAUGGAACCAUAGAUGAAUGACCCAAACAAUGUGCCUUCCCCUAGAAACAAUAGCAGGUGUGUUAUGAAGCCAAUGAAAAAAGAGGUUCUGGAGAGCUUAGUAACUACAGCAUGGUUCUACCGAGUCCCACUCUGUUUUUUUUUUCUUUUUUUUUUUCAAACUUGCUCCGAACCUUUCGUGCGACUGGCGCAGACUCGAAAUACGACUUUUUUUUUUUUUUCAGUUUAUCAAACUAAAUACCUGAGCACAAAGAAAUAAGAUACUCGAAUCCUUGUUGACCAAAUGAAAAAUUAGAGAGAUUUAGAAUCGCGUUGGCGACAAACGGCAAACGUCAGAUUCAAGUUGGCAAUUUCUCAAGUUUAGAAAUGAAAAGAUAAAAACAGGCCAAAACAAUUGGUAUUGAUAAAACUAACGUAAAACGACCAGUAUUUGUGUUGAAGUAAUGAACAGUAAACGACAAGUAAAGGGAAACCUUGGUCAAGUGGUACAAAGCCACGUUUGCCUAUGGCAAACAUAGCCUGACCUACCUAGGCCAUGUCAUUUGGUCCAAACUCGACGUAUCUAUUCGAUCGUUUGAAUCAUUGGACAUUUUCAAAAAGCGUAUUAAACUGGUUCAUUUCACAAGCCUGCUGGACAGCACUUGUAAAGACUGUUUUUUAUGUAACAACUAAUAACUGAUUUUACGUGUGGACGUAAUUUCAUAUUUUAUUGAUUAUUAGUUUAUUUUAUUAUUACCGUCCUAUUAGACAAGUAAUUGUAGUUAGGUGUUCCCAGGUAGUGUACAUUGUAUGCUAGCGACUUCGACACUGUAAUAAAGUUCUUACUUACUCACUUGCCGUAAGUGACUCUACAUCUCUGUAUUAUCAGCUGAUCAGCAGAUAAACGUCAAAAACAAUUGACAUGGGGAGCCCGUUAUACGCACGAAAAAGGCUUCACCUCGAUCAUGACAAGAAACUCCGAGCGCGCCAUUGAAGCCGCGCAUUUGUCUUGCACUCAUACGAGAUUUUCUGAUCUUGCAUUUUAGUGGUGCUUCCCAGUCCCCCAACAACGGCUCCGCCCCCUGUACCCACUACACAGGUGACGUCAUCUCAAACAGCGGUACGUCAAUUCCCUUCUUGUCUUGUAGAAAUUAAAACCUUUAGGGCCAUUAUUUAAUGUUUUUUGACGUUGUUAGUUUCUUUUUCUCAUUAUUAAUCUCACCUUCUUGACCAUUCACAUGCAAAAUAGUAACGUGCAGGUUUCCGCAAUUUCGUAAUUUACAACAGCUAUCGGAAGAUAUUUUCUUUAUGUUGUUUUGUUUUUUUCUUUUCUAUUCGUAAAAAACCAUUAUAAUAAUUAUCUUUACAUAAAUAGUUAUAUUUGCCCUUAACUCAUUAGUUGACACUGAACGAUACUAACGGCUUUACUUUCCCGUGUUUAGGUGCAGAAACUUGAGACUGCAACUGUACAAUCUUCAUCAUCGGCAAGAAUAUCAACAACAACAUCUACACCAACCACAGCACUAAAACGGACACCAGUAACAUCAACAACACUGGCUCCACAGGAGACUUCGCAGUUUCCUCGUGUGGAGCUACGCCCAGUUGGAAUGUCAAAGGCAAACCGCCCCGUAUCCGCUCCCCCUUCACAUAUACUGGUCCCCCCAGAACUUCCCAGUAGCCCUCCACCUUCCACUCCUCCACCACCGGCCACACCUCCGCCCCAGGUGAUUACCAACAAAAAUGGCACAACACAGAAAGAGAACGGUUUGUACUGAGUUACUUGUUGCCUCCUGUUGUUUUCCGGCUUCAACUCCCAGAGAUAGUGAUAAAGUAGCGUGCGUGGCAGGCGCCGGUUAGUUUAAUUCUACCGCGCGAGGGAAACACGAGAAUUUUCCAACUUCAACUUCAACACUGUUAUUAAAACGCGUUAAAAUUGUGUGCAACGGUGUGAAUUUGCUUAAAAGAAGCAUGUUCGAUAACGUGAAAAAUAGAAAUGUUACUCUAGAGUCCAGAAAUUUUUUUAAGUAUCUUGUUGUGUUGGUUGAUAAAAACCUUACUUGGAAAUAAUUAUCACGUUGACGCUUUUUCGGCAAAAAUCAGUAAAACUGUUGGACUUAUUUCAAAACUUCGGCACUCCAUAUUUCGUCAUAUACUUUUAUACAUUUACCAAAAAGUAAUCCACCCUUACCUAAACUAUGGUCUUGCUGCCUGAGGUCAGGCAUCCAAGACUUCCCUCAAUAAAAUUCUAAUUCUCCUAAAGAAAGUGCUCCGCAUGAUGUAUUUUAUGGAUAUACGUGAACACGCAAUUCCUCUAUUUAUCGACGCUGACAUAUACCAGUGACAUUUAUGUAUUAUAAAGCUGUAGCUAGUCUAAUGCACGAUAUUAACAACAACAAUUCGCUACCAAAUCUCUUAAAUUUAUUUGAAAAAACCUCAACAAUUCAUUCAUACAUUACACGAUCAUCUACUUCUGGUAAUUUUCACGUUAAAAGCUCAAAGCUGGAAAUACACAAAAACUUCUUGUCUCGUUUUGUCGUAAAACUUUGGAAUGAGAUACCUUGUCAUAUUAGAGAUCUUCCUAAAAAGGAAUUUACGAAAGUUCUUCACGGAUUGCUCUCCGAUAUCUUAAAAAGAGAAGAUGACUAUAUUGAGACGCCAUUGAUAAUUGAAAAAGUUGGAUUAACUGUUAAGUGAUUUCUUUGACAAAAUUAUAUGCUUUCCGCUCUCCAUCGUUUCCUUCUGACUCGUCCCCAGUCGUCCCUCUCUCUGUCUCUCCUUAGUGGCGCGAUCACCCAUCACCCCGGCUCCCGACGCGCGCGUUACGCGAAGACGACUGGAGGCUAGUCAGCAUUCCCUUUUCCUUUUUCCUUAGAUGUAAUGUAAUUAAAAUAAAACUAUGAUAAAAAUAAGAAUUAUUGUAACUUAAAAUAUUUUCCUUCCUUUCCUUUCACUUUAUUCUUCUUUUAACUGGGCCGCCUAGAUUAGCAAUAACUAUUUUGCGGCCCAGUCUAUUGUAAUUACUAUUUUUUGUUAAAUAAAGUUGAAGUUGAACUGUUUCUUUUUUUUUCACUAGCUUCCCUUCCUGCAGGCACAGACUUUGCCAUGGCAAUUCAAGCAAAGAAUCUCAAGAAAGUCGACAAGGAGGCUGAAAAGAAACGACGCGAAGAUUUUAAUAACAACAGAUGUAAGAACUAUUUAUUCAGUGUUACAUCCACUGCAACACGACGGCUACGGCACUAAGCCCUGUUUAUAUGGACAAACGUCGUCCUUUAGGCCUGAUUAGCCCAGCCGGUUUGGCUCGCUUUUCCGAAACUGCGACCCGUGGACAAAACGCAACACAAGUCAACAUUGUGGUUACGUGACUCUAGCCACCCCGUUCAUUUAGAAUCUCGAGAUGGCGUAAUACAGAGAUAAUAGUGAUCAAUAGUCAUCUCAGAAAUCGGAACCAGCUCGGCUCUUAUAAUCAGACCUUAGGGUGAAUUCAUUUGCAGUAUAAGCGUAUAGCCGUCGCAUUUGCUAUUUGGGAUUUUUUUUUGUUUUUGAGCUUAAAAUCCAUGAAAAAUUGCAAAGCCAAAUGCGACCGCUAUACGCGCACACUGCUAAUGGAUUCACCGUUCAAAAAACGACAAAUUUUAGAUGUGGGGCUUAUGUGAUCGUCGCGUUUAUGUACGAUGUACGUGGUAUUCUCUUGACCAAAGUAAACGACGAAGUAACAACGAAACUGUUUUAUUAUUUUUUUUGAAACAAUGUGUUUUCAAACCUCUUGUUGCUUGUUUGCGAAGCAAUACGUUAAAAGAUGUUGUUCUGGUUUUCAUGUUUAUGAUAGUGAGCUCAUCCGAUAUGUUAAAUGACGAGCUGAAACGAAGGAUGUCGUCAAGUCAAAGUGGACUGACACCCAAAGCGGAAAGGAAAGGUAAUUGUUUUGGAGAUAGCCAAAGGCCGAUAGAACAUACCAAACAAUACUGAGCUUUGAUUGAAUGGUAACGCGUUAAUUAUUUAUUUAGACUAAAACUUAGAAUUAUCAAUGUUACAACUUAGGUGGACUCAAGUUGUAAGAUUUCAGCCAGAGUGUCUAAUACUGGAAUUUUAGAAAUUUAGGAUCACAUUUUAGGCAAAUAACAAACUCUUGCGGAAACUCUUGCUACGCAGGUUAAGUGUUCACUAUAUCAACACAAACGUAACUAUGUGGUUUCAUUCCAAUGUUCUUCAUAAGAAUUAUUUUGAAGAGUUGUUAUCUGCACCUUUUCUAAUUGAGCCAAAAAUUAUGUUUGCCGAUCUUAAAAACAUGAUACCCGCCUCCGACCUUAUUUCAUCAAAGUUCUAAGGUUUCCAAGAUCGUAUUCAACACUGACUUUUGAACUGAAUAAUAAGAUCGAGUCUGAAAAUGAAUAAGUACUUGUGUACAUUCGUAGCUGGUUGACAAGCUAAGCAGGAUGCCAUCACUUCGUUGAUCUUAAUUACUGUGUAAAUGAAGGCCCUUUUUACAUACAAAAAAGAACACAUAGAAAUGUUUUUUUGUAUUUUAUUUCAACAGACAUUUCACCCGCUGUUCACUUAAAUGCGGAAUCAAACGCCGCAGAAGUAAAAGAAUGGCUGAAGAGUAAAGGUUUUUCGCCAAGGUUUGUUACUGAAAAUUGUCGUUUCUUUUAGUUGCGUAAAAGUUCUUGUAUGAAAUCUGAGUGAACACUCUGCACUCACUGCAGACCCCUUUCGAGGUGCUCGUACGUUGGUAAACCACUUCAAUCCAGCGAGAAGUCAAAUUUUAGGCAAUUUCAUUAUCAUUAUUAUUAUUAUUAUUAUUGUUAUUAUUGUUAUUAUUAUUAUUAUUAUCAUUAUUAUUAUUAUUAUUAUUAUUUUAAUCUAUAGGAAUAUGUAACUGGAGCCUAAUAAAUAUUGUUAAGUUUUGCUAAACUCAAAGGUUCACAAUGGAGGUCAAAACUCUUGGGACACUUGUCACGAUAAGACUAAACCUGAUUUCCCCCCCCCCCCCUUCGUCCCAAGAAAUGGUGUUUUUCUGCGCCCGUUACACUUAAAACAGACCUGUAAAGUGUUUUAAGCGAAAGUUUAGAGAAAAGACUAAUAAUUAAUUUAAAAAAUAAGCGGUCCGGGGAUCCAGUUCUGACUUUUAUUAAGAGUCCUUUAGCGACACUACUCCUUUAAGCCAACCUUUCAUGUAUCAUGGAUUGUUUUCUCUUUGCCACUUUAUUGCAGCUCUGUGACAGCUUUGUCCGGAAAGACCGCUAAAGACUUGGAUCAAAUGACGAGGGAACAGCUAAAGCAAGCUUGUGGUGAAUCUGAAGGAUCAAGGAUUUAUAGUCUGUUCACAGUUCAGAAGGGUAGUUGGAAGGUAUUGAUAGCCAUUCUCCUUGCAAAAAUAAAUUUGUGUUCUGAUGCCGUAUGCCGGGAAAUAUACUAUUUACUAGAGAUGUCUGACAUUAGACAAAAAAAUAACUUUUUCGUUUGUUUCUUUUCUUUUAGGUUGUACCGAAAGGAUCUGAAUUAGCAGUAAGUGCAACUAAUAGCCCUUUAAACACUAAUGUCCACAUAUAAAUUCUCCAGACUGAGCUCAAUGCUUUUCCUUAUCGAAUUCCUGGGGAGGAUUUGAUAAAAGAUCAAAGAAUUUUUCUUUGGGUGAUCAUUUUAUUAGUUGUCAUAACCUUCUCUCUUGGUUAUGUGUUAAUAUUUUUAGGUCUUGUUAGGAGAAAAUUAAUGUUUAUCCAGGGUGUAAAGAGGGUCAGUUUUACAGCUCGCCAUCCAGACAAGCAGAAGCUACCAUGUACCAGCCCAAAAGUCAUUUCAACUAGCCUGAAAAGAAUUCUUGACCAGCAAAAUUGAUAACAGUUCCUCUGUAAUUUGAAUUCUCAAAAAACAAUUCCACCGACCAGGUCAGGCAAGUUAAGAACAGAAUUCACUAACCCGAUAGCAAAAUCCACGAGACCCUAGACUACGAGCAGUUUCUCUUUUUGCUUAGUCCGUUGAGAGAAACGCGCGAGACACGCAAAUGAGCACGCGCGUGACUAAAGGCGCGAGACGAAAAAGAGAGACUGCUCGCAGUCUACUAGACCCGGGCUAAACUGACUUUCUUUAAGGUGAUGUUACACGAGAUGAUUCACAACGACGAUUUUUAGUACAACACAGCGUUUCAACAUUGUUGCGACAUUGUUUCGAAUGGUUACAACACAUUUCCAACAUUGCAUCACCUUUACACGCUGCGUUGGUCACUUUUGGGACUUGGAGGUAGGGGCGUAGCGUCCAUAUACACACAUACGUACGCCCGUGCGUACAGCUGAAAUCCGGAAAAAAAAUAUUUUUAUUUCCUGAAAGCAUUUUUAUCGUUAAAUCGGGAUGAUGUGAUAAGUCGUUCGCAUUAUAUUUGUAUCUUUACCCGUCUGAAGGGUAGACACCUCGCUCUUUGCUUGAACCUCCUUGGUGGCGUCACUGUUUUACUUUUUUUUCGGUUACCAUUGCACCUUACCGAAAACACUAGAGAUGUAAAUUAAACAACUAAUUAUUGCAUUUUCCUUCGUAUUUAUUUACUGAAAACGCAGGAAAUGGCAUUUCUGAGCCCCUAAAGUUGAAAAAAUUUUCUAGGGAAACAUGCCCCCAGACUCCCCCUUUCCGUGAGUACACCUUCAAAACCUCACGCUACGCCCCUGAAAGGGUUGACGCAAAAGCAAUAAAUUGUGAAUGGGUUUGUAACUAGGAACCUGUGAAUUAGGCAAUUAUGAAUGAAUAACUUUUUUCUUCAAGUUUAUAAUGAAAAGACGCAAGGAACGUUCAGAAGAAAUUGGCGAAAAGGAGCCGGAAAACUCCGGUGAGCUCCGGGUCAUAGUGGCUAAUGCUAAAGCAGCCGCGGCAAAGGAAGAGAUAGAGAUUGUAAAUGGAUCAUCCGGACCCGCUCAGCGCAGGUCAAGUAAGCUCAGUGCGCCUGCUACUGCUGUGAAACCGCGUCCCAAUAGCUUUGCCGGGACUGAGGUCAAGCCCUCCGCCGACACUGGAAGAGAGCGUACGUCAUCAUACGGGCGAAAGGUUGAAAUGACACGACAGGAGUCGUUUGAGAAAGAGUUUAUUCCACCGCCACCUGUGCUGGAUUCCCAAGAUCAGUCGAACACGGACGAAGGAACCUCGAGGGUAUGUGAUUGAUAGCCAUAGGUUAAUGGAAUUGAUAGAAAAAGUAUUCACGCACUUAUUCGUAGCAGCAAAAAUUUAUCCUUCUACAGAAAUCAGUGUUUCGUAGCCCAGCUAGCUCUAGCCUUUGUGUCAGGCCCCUUGAAGGGGAGGGGACAGGUCGGGAUUAGGCUAAAAAAAGGCCGGGUUUUGUACAAAGACUCAACCCAUGCGUGGACUUCGGGAAUCGAACCCAGACCAGAUUCUGAUUAAUGACCGCGAGUGCUUUCAACAAUGCGCUCCGAAGAACAAGCCGAAAUUUAAAAGUGUUUUAUCAGCUUCAUGAUCAUGUACUGUUUAAUUUUCCUUAGGCGAGGAAGGUUUCUGUAGAAGACGUCGAGAAAAUUGCCCGUGAGCAGAGAAAACAACAGGAGUUAAUUCUGGUGAGUUUACUUCCUUUUGGUUUGCAAGCCCAGGCGUUACGCUUUAGAAUCGUAAGCUUACUGUGGGAAGUCAAUUCCCCCACUAAAGAAACGAGACGGGAACUGGGCCAAAUUGAUUUUCCAAAGACCUCUGGGACUGUUGGGUCUUCUAGGGAGAGGGGAAAAAUUGGCCAAUAGCUGACCGGCGCGUCCCCAGUAACGAUCCCGAACUUAAUCCCAAACCAAUAGCGGGACGCAUUUCGGCUUCAGUUCCCUUCUCGUUUCUAAAGUGGCGAUUACACUGCCGCCUGCAUUUCAUCCUUUUUUUUUACUAAUGUAGUGUUAAUCACCUUUCUGGUACAGGAACAUGAUAAGCAGCUUUUCCUGCUUGAACAGCUUCAAAGACAAAAGUUGGAGCUGGAGGUGCAGAAGCGAGAAUUUGAAGAACAACAGAAAAAGCAAAAAGAGGCCGAGUUAGCGGUAAGUUAAGUGGCGUGACAGUGUCACACACCUAAAACCUUUUUGUUAUCAAGCAUUCGCGGGGUCACGAGUUAGCGGUAAGAAUGUGACACAACUAAAACCUCUUUGCUAUUGAGCUUUAGCGGGGCCACGUACUAUUUUUAGAAAGCGGAGAGAAAAUCUGGUAAUUUGUCGAAUGUACGAUUGUAAUCACACGCAGUUGGUUGGUUACUUAUACGCCAGCGAGGUUUCCCGGUAGAUUCCUGACGAACGAACAGUUUUGCCUGAUUUAGAAUGGUCAAGUAAUUUUUUAUUUCCGCAAUAGAGUAAAGAGGUGUUACGUUGCAAAUGAUAGAAAUUUGUCAAAUUAUGGGAUUUGUCGAGCGAACGUCCGAGAGAGCAAGGCCAAGGUAAUUGCCACCUUGUCAAAAAUCUUACGGUUUCAUUUCCUCCAUGCAAGUUCAAUUAUUGCUCUUUGAACUUCCCAGUAACAUUUCGAGUUUCAAGGCAAGCACUCGCAUUCAUAUUUAAACUCAGUCUAAGUCUUCUAUCACGUGAAAGUUUAUCACAGUCACGUGCGCAACUAAAGAAAGCCUGACAAAAAAAAACUAGGCUCGAACGGUAUUCGAACUCAUGAUUCCUGCGAUACCAGUGCAAUUCUCUUAACUCUGAUGGGAGCUAUUGAGCCAACUAGGAGCUGGUCACUUUGUGACUUCGCCACCCGGAGACGGUAAAGAUCUAAAACUAAGCAUAGGAAUUACAUAUAUUUGAACUGCGGAACAAAUAUUUCAGUACCGUAGUAAAAGUGUAGGUUCCUCUGAUAUCCAGAUACCGCAACUUCAAGUCGCUGAAAAAAGCAGGGCUGAAUCGGACUCCUUCCUUUUUUUAAUAUAUUACGUUCAUUUUCUUCAAGGACCAACACAGGGAGCUUCAGCGUCAAAUUCAAGCCCAACAAGAUCAGCUCAAAGAGAACCAGAGCAAACUCGUCGAACAACAGCAGCGUCUCUCCAGCUACGAGAAAGUGUCUCCUCAGAUCACCUACGCUGCUAUCCCCCCUGUGAUGCCGCAGGUUCCGGUGAUGCCGCAGGGAGUUCCAAUGGUGCCGCAGGGAGUUCCGAUGAUGCCGCAAGGGGUUCAGGUGAUGCCCGUGGGGGGUUUGCAAGCCGGAGCUCCUACGUACCUCCCCAUGGGGGGAAUACAGCCCGUCUAUUCUCCCUAUCCGACAACAGUGUCUUCAACGGGCGUGGCGCAUAUUUUACCCACUUUAAGUGUGCCCACAGUCACUACAAUGCCACCCUCAACGUAG